AAAUAUAACAACAAACACUCCACCAAACGCGAAGCAAAAUAUUUAUAAAUAUACAACUAAACAAAGAUAUAAAACAUAAGAAUACAAAACUACAAUGAUCUACAAUUAAAAGCCAAUAGCUCUAUUCUUAACCGUAAAUGACAACGUAGCCUUCAAUCUGAUUAUAAAGCCCGGACUAAAGGAAAAUCAAGAAUUUGCUGCUUAAUACCAUAUUACGAAGGUGGGAGCGCAGAGGCGCCGCCAAAUUCCGACAAAUGUCUGGAUAAAAGCAACAACCAGUUGAUCAAUGGAUGAAAAUGCAGCCGUCGUCGUCAUUUUUGUCGUCGUCGUCGUUGUCCAUUUGUCAUCGCUUUUGUCAGCCUCAGCAGCAGCAGCAGAAGCAGCAGCAGAAGGCGGUGCCAGAGUCGGAGCCGCUGCCACACGAACAACAGCAACAGCAACAACAACCUCAACAGCAACUGAAACACCAAAGGGCAGCAGCAGCAGCAGCAGCAGCAGGAGCAGAAGCCGCAGCAGUCCAGCAGCAGCAGCAGCAGUUGGCGACACAGGUUACGCAGCUCUCAAGUCACGCCUAUUUUUGUACGCCCAUAUUGCUGAAGGCGCCAUCACAAGUGACGCUGCCGCUGCUCGAAUUAAGCCCAAGCACUCUGCCACUGCCUCAGCUGGCUGCGGCUUAGUACGCACCAGUUACUACAGUUAAUUGGCUAGCCAAACUAUUCUAAAGGUGCGCAGAUGCACAUGCAGCCUGCAGUGCCCAUCUAAACAAAAGCAACAAGCAACAAACCAACAAGGAAACAAAGAAACAACAAACACCAAAUUAACAAAGCACAAACGCCUCUCAACGACAACAACAACAACAACAACAAUAGUCAUCAACAAAGCACAAAUUCGCGUCUCAUUCUUAAACAACCAUAGCAAACAUUUACAACAACCACAACCACAACAACAACAACAACGCCCAACAACUUUAAACGGUCCCACGCGAUUUUUCAACAGGCGCCAGCGAUAGCCGCCUGCUAAUUGUAAAAUUUAGCAGUAGCUGACAAAAACAAAAUGGCGGAUGGGCAUUCAUUUGUGAAGAAGACAUUUCAUAAGCCAACUUACUGUCACCACUGCUCGGAUUUACUGUGGGGCCUCAUACAGCAGGGCUACAUUUGCGAAGUUUGCAACUUUAUUAUACACGAACGAUGUGUCACCAGCGUUGUAACGCCCUGUUCCGGCAUUGCGCCAUGCAUUAUAAAGAAUCCCGUCGCCCAUUGUUGGUCGGAACCAACCCAUCACAAGAGAAAAUUCUGCACCGUAUGCCGUAAGAGAUUGGAUGAAACACCAGCGGUGCAUUGUUUAGUUUGCGAAUAUUUCGCGCAUAUUGAGUGCCAAGAUUUUGCAGUGCCCGAUUGCACAGAGAAUGCAACAUACGUGCCAGGCAAGGAAUUGCUUAAUGUGAGGCAUCAACAUCAUUGGCGGGAGGGCAAUCUUCCACCAACGUCCAAAUGCGCCUACUGCAAGAAAACCUGUUGGUCUUCGGAAUGCCUCACAGGCUAUCGCUGCGAGUGGUGUGGCAUGACCACGCACGCUGGAUGUCGCAUGUACCUGUCAACCGAAUGUAAUUUUGGUAUUCUACAACCUAUCUACUUACCUCCGCAUUCAGUGUCGAUACCACGUACAGAGGUGCCCAUCGAGGCGAUCAUAGGCGUCCAGGUCAAAUCGAAGACGUCGCUCGUACGCGACUAUUCUUGUCCCAGCCCGGAGCUCGGUGCAGAGGCCGCGGCUGGUGAAGUUGGUGCAUCGGGUUUGUGUCUCAAGGAGCUCCUCGAGCUCCACAGACAGCGUCUUGAGCAAUCGAAACAACAUUUUUUACUUUCAACGCCGCCCACGCCCACAUCCUGUGGCUCCCUCUGUGUCUCACCCACGCCAUCGCUGACAGUGGGCGACACAAGCAACUCGCUAACCGGCGGCUAUCAGGAUCCGGACGAGCCAGAUGCCGAGGAGGACGACUACGAACAGCAGUGCAAUACGACGGAGCCUGAUAGCGCCUUUCAGCUGACCACCGCCUCCAGCAAUGUGGGCCCAGGGCCACUGCAAAAGUCUCCGUCGGCCAACUCCUCGUUGCAUCUGCUCUACACGAGUCUGUUCCGCAAGCUGAACCAUGCGCGCCGACGUCGACGUCGCGGCGCCUCGAACAGCGAGCAGGACGACGACGACGACGAUGAUUUGGAUGGCGGAGUCUGUGAUAUUAGCGGCGGCGACCUGAGCGACGAUUACGAUCAUUGCGAUGUCUCGCUGCGCAAGCGCUGCUCGCGUCGAUCGCCGCGCGACGUCAGCGAGACGGAUUACCAUGGCGACGUGGAGCUGGAGACGGCGCCGCGGGAAAGCUGCUACGAGACGUCCGAUACGGGUGGUGAACUCACCAAUACCGACGAUCUCGACUCCAGCAUGAAUCUGAUUAGCAACCUUAGCUAUAAUAGUAGUAAUAGUAACACCUCUAACACCUCCGAGCAGCGCAGGAAUCAAGCGCGCUCCACUGCCACAGCCACAGCCGCAGGCACAGCCACAGGCACAGGCACAGCCUCAGGCGCAGCCAAGGGCAAGGGCCCCGCCCCUGGUCCGCCCACGGCUGAUGCUUCACAUGCCUUAAGCGUGCUCGCCGGCCGCAACCCAAAGACUGCAGCUCUCUUGAAAGCGAAGCCGAAGCCCAAGCCCAAGCCCAUACUCAGUGCGCCCAAGCACAAGGGCGGAUCGGUGAGCUCACCCAAUUCCAGCGACUGCUCCUCGGCAUCCCCCGCACCGACCGCGGCGGUCCUGCAGCUGUCCCCUGUGGGCCGCAGCAAGUCGUUCCAGGAGCCGGGCAUCGCCCGCAGCAAGAAAUACGGACGCGGUCUGUUCCAGCGUCGACGCUCCAAGCGCUCGCCCAAGGGCGGCGCCAAGAGCAACUACAGCCUGGACAGACUAUCACAAAACAUUGAGAUAACCAUACAGGAUGAGGAUGGCAACUAUCAGCCAUACGAUGACAACUAUCACAUGCUGUCCGCGGCGCGUCUGCCCCACGAUACGGAUGCCGAUGGCUACGAUGAUGUGGAUUACGAGGAUUUGUAUCUGGACGAUCGGCCCCAUAGCGUCGGCGGCGUCGGCGGCUUAAGUGGCGAGGACAUCGCUGGCGAUAUCAGCGAUGGCGCUGCCAGCAGUCGAUCCCGUGCCAGCGAUGCCGAUGGCCAGGCACCGGGUCACGUGCUCGGCCGUUUGCUGCGGCGCGUGCGCGGCCUGUCCGCCGGCUGGCGCAAGCCACGCUACCAGAAGCGCAGAGCACGCAGUAUAUCGGAGGAGUUUAGCAGCGGAGAUGCGCCCCGCUUCAAGGACGAGGAAUCCCUGGGCAAGGGCGAGUCCUCGCAUGGCAUGAACGCCCAAGGCGGUGCCGGUAGCAGCAGCGGUGGCGGAGGCGCAGCUGCUGCCAGCGCCAGCGGCACUGGUCCUGGCUCAGGUGGCUCUUCCACACAGUAUCGAGCCGAGCCGACGGGCCACAAGUCCGAUAAAUCGGAAAAGGACCGAGAGAAAAGGGAAAAGGAACGUGAAGAGAAAGAUAUAGAGAUGAUCAAGGUGUUUGAUGGCAACAACUCAUUCCGACGCCAGCAAUACCGUGCGAUCGUCGUUCAGCGCACAUACACGCUGGAGCAAUUAUUGACCACCGCCUUGCGAGCUUUUCACAUCACGCGCGAUCCGCAGGCCUUUUAUCUGACCGAUAUGUAUGCGCCCGCUGGCAUGGAAGACACACCGCUGCAGGAUCCGACACCCGUGUUGAAUCUAACACACUUGGAGGGCAAGCGACCGGCCAUCUAUUUGAGGUUUCACGACAGGGACAGGGGACAUGUGCGUGUGUAUCCUGGCAAAUUGCAGUGCUCGCUGGAGGAUCCCUAUGUCAAUGUUCCUGUGGAUAAUACAACUGUCAUCAAGGACUUGAUACGCGACGCUCUCGAUAAAUUCGGUCUACAUGAUAACCAAAUACAGGACUACAGAUGCUCGGAAGUUUUGCUCGACCGCGGCGUUACCGAGCGCAUACUCUCGUGGAACGAACGUCCCUGGGAUAUAAUGAAGCAUCUGGGCAAGGAUUCCAUACGUCAAAUGGAACUGAUGCGCUUCUACAUGCAGCACAAACAGGAUCCCCAUGGACCAAACAUUGCGCUCUUUGUGGGCAACCUGCCCACAGGACUCUCGCAGCGCAACUACGAGCAAAUUUUAAACAAAUAUGUGACUGAUGAGAACAAAUUCAUCAGCAUUGGACCCAUUUACUAUGAGUACGGCUCGGUCGUGUUAACAUUCGAGGACGCUCAAAAGGCGGUUCGCGCUUUCUACAACCUACGUGAAACGAUCAUUGAGGACAAAAAGCUACUGGUCUUGCUAUUGCCAAAUAUUGAACCCAGCAUGGUACCCUCCGAUGUCAGGCCACUGUUGGUCUUUGUAAAUGUGAAAUCCGGCGGCUGUCAGGGCCUGGAACUAAUAUCGAGCUUUCGAAAACUACUUAACCCGUACCAGGUCUUUGACUUGGACAACGGUGGUCCGUUACCCGGGCUCUACGUUUUCCGCCAAAUCACCAACUACAAGAUCCUGGUAUGCGGUGGCGAUGGCACCAUUGGCUGGGUGCUGCAGUGCUUGGAUAACGUGGGCCAGGACUCUGAAUGCUCUAGUCCGCCGUGCGCCAUUGUGCCGUUGGGUACAGGCAACGAUCUGGCACGCGUUUUAUGUUGGGGCUCCGGCUACACCGGUGGCGAGGAUCCCCUAAAUAUGCUGCGUGAUGUCAUCGAGGCCGAGGAGAUUAGAUUGGAUCGUUGGACCGUCGUCUUCCAUCCGGAAGAUAAGCCCGAAGAGCCGGCUAUGAAGGCGCCCUCACAAACCACUGGUAAGAAGAAGAAGGCGCACCAAGCACAUUUAUCGCAACAAACAAAUCAGCAUCAUCAAUUACCGGCUCUGACAUCGAGUGAUAUAUCAGGCGGUGCCCAAAACGAGGACAACUCCCAGAUCUUUGUAAUGAACAACUAUUUUGGCAUUGGCAUCGAUGCUGAUCUCUGCCUGGACUUUCACAAUGCUCGCGAGGAGAAUCCCAAUCAGUUCAACUCACGGCUGCGCAACAAGGGCUACUACGUGAAGAUGGGACUGCGCAAGAUUGUGGGACGCAAAACGGUCAAGGAUUUGCAAAAGGAGCUUCGCCUAGAGGUCGAUGGCAAGGUCGUAGAUCUGCCACCGGUCGACGGCAUCAUCAUAUUAAAUAUAUUGAGUUGGGGCAGCGGCGCAAAUCCCUGGGGUCCGGAUAAGGACGAUCAGUUCAGCACGCCCAAUCACUACGAUGGCAUGCUGGAGGUCGUGGGAGUGACCGGUGUGGUGCACUUGGGACAGAUCCAGUCGGGCAUACGCACGGCCAUGCGCAUAGCACAGGGUGGUCACAUCAAGAUACACUUGAAAACCGAUAUGCCAGUACAGGUGGAUGGCGAGCCAUGGAUUCAAAGCCCCGGCGAAGUUGUGGUCCUCAAGUCAGCGCUCAAGGCCACCAUGUUAAAAAAGAAUAAACUUAAAAUGAAGCGACGCAACACGGAGCCAACCAUGCUCGUCGCCGGCUCAGCAACUCCACACCUGUCGCUGGCGCUGCCACCGAGCGUGGGUGAGGUGGGCGAUGCCGCCGAGGCAGAUGCGGGCCCAAAUAAUACGGACUUCUGAAUAUGGUAUAGCGAGCGUCUGAUUUAACGUGCUCAUUGCAGUGUUUACCACAUCCACACAGUCACACAACCACACCACUACACCACCACACCACUACACAACCACACAACCACACAGCAGCCACAAUCUCAUUGUCGAUUGCCAUAGCAACAGAUUGAACUAAAAUGAAAGCGAAUGAAACAAAUCAAAAGAAAAAGCCAAACAACUUUAAUCAAAAUUAACUCUUUUACUAUAUGUAUAUGUAUGUAUGUGUAUUUCUAUUCCUAUAUAUGUAUAUGUGUAUAGAGAUGGUGUCUAUGUCAUAGUCAUACUAUAUCAUCGAUCGUCUGCAAUAAGUACGUUAAACUCAAACAGCUCGAAACUCGUACAGUGGCUCGCGAAAGUAAUUGACGAGCAGCGCGGCCAACACUGUAACUAAAUAUAACAAAAUAUAUUUCAAAAACAAAAAAAAAGAAAGAAAGAAAAACAAACAAACAACUACAACUAUUAAAUACUAUUUAAUGCUAUAACUACAACAACAUGAACAAGAACAACAACUAUUACUAAUACUAUAACAGCAGCUGGGCGCAACUGCAAGCGUCAAAUUUACGCAUCAACUACUCAGCAUCGUAUGUGUAUGUGUAUGUAUGUAUGUAUGUGUACGCACAGGACAUGCAUAGUGUGUAUUGGAAGUAUGUGUGCAUGCGUGCUGUCGAUACGAUGAUAUAUUCAAAUCUUUAUUCCAUACACACACACACAAACACUCACACACACACUCACUUACUCACACACAGCAAUAGUCUGGCAAAUGUUGUAAGAAAAGAAAUUCAAGUUCAAUUAUGUUCCUUACCGUUUCGUUCCUAUGUAUGUAUAAAAGAAAUCAACGACAGAUUAGUGAUACCAUUAAUAAGCAAGAAGAAGUAAAAGCUAAAGAAUACCAAAAACAAAACCAGCGCAAAGAGCAUAGCAACAUAUAAAAUAGUACAAAAUUGAAUUGUUAAAUAAUUGUUUGUUGGUAUCAACUGACGAAAAGAAAAUAAUGAAUCGUGACAAAACAAAAGAACAAAAAUUAACGAAUUUGGCAACGGCAGCAAUGGCCGCCAGAUGGCGGAAUAGUGCUGCCCAGCGCUCUAGCGCAACCUACACGGAAAAGUAACAAAAAAAAAAAACGAAAACGAAAAAGAAAAAAACACACAAAAAGCUUAAACAUAAAUGUUACGACAGAUGCGAGAAAAUUCUUACGAAGCUUUUGUUUUCAACAAAAUCGCUGCAAAUUGCAUAGUAUGUAUAGACAUAUAAACCAUUAGGGACGCAACAAUUCGCAUAUGAAAAUCAAAAGAUCGUUAGACCAAACGGAACUAGCGAUAGAAAUUUUGUACUACAAAUUCGAGUGCACCGACCAUACACAUACAUGCAUAUGUAUAUAACAGGUGCAUGUGUAUGUAUGAAUGGGCAUACGGAUGUACGUACGAUAAGAUGCAUGAAAAUUAUGAAUGAGCUAAACAAAAAUCUGGAUUGUGCAAUUGGUAUGAAUUUUCUCCACUGUUGUGCAAAUAUUAUUCAAAGUAAACGAAUGCAUUUUCUUACAGAAAAACAAAAACAAAACAAACAAAACAAAAAAAAAAAAAAACAAUGUGCCUGAUUACAAAGUAUUUCUGUCCGAUUGUCCGCCUUUGGUGGUCGGCCAGUCGGUCAGUUAGUCAGUUUUUGGGGCACGUAAGUAUUUCACAUGCAUUUGAACAUUUUUGGAUGUUGAACCCACUUACAGAAAAAUGGAAAAACAAAAACAA